AUGAAGAAACACCGAUACCUAGCGGUUAAGCUCGUGGAGUAUGACCUUAUCCUAGGCUAUGACUGGCUAAAGGAGGUUAACCUAGACAUCAACUGGGAAUCGAGUGCGUGGUACUAUCGAGACGUACCCGAACCAGGCGUAACCGUUACGCUUGCGGGACUUACGCAAGAGCCCCAGUUACCGCCGCAGUUUACGAAGUUCGCUACGGUAUUCGGAGACCCGGACGAAGACCCAGCUCCUUCCCGGACGAAGGUGAGGCAUUUCAUCCCGCUUGAAGAAGGGCAGACAGCACCCUACGGGCCUAUAUACCCUUUAAGUGCGAAAGAACUGCGAGUCCUACGCGAAUACAUCGAGACCGCAAUGGGUCGAGGAUGGAUUCAGCCUAGCGAGUCCGGGGUAGGCGCUCUAAUCCUAUUCGUGCCUAAGAAGGAUGGUAGCCUACGACUCUGCGUCGAUUAUCGUGGGUUAAACCGAGUAACUAAAAAGAAUCGAUACCCCUUACCUCUCAUCCCUAAGAUCCUGGAUCGACUCGUCGGGGCUAGGGUAUAUACGAAGCUAGACCUGAAGGACGCUUAUCAUCGCAUACCUAUAGCGGAAGAAGACCGCUGGAAGACUGCGUUUCCCUACAUUAACGAGGCUCUCAAGGGUCUCUUAGACGAGGUCUGUGUCGCGUUCAUGGAUGAUAUCCUAAUUUUCAGUCCGGAUGAAGCCGUACAUGAAGCGCAUGUAAACCUCGUGCUGGAACGCCUAAAGGAGCAUGGGCUAUACGCGAACUUAUCGAAGUGCAAAUUCUUCACUACGGAGGUGGAUUUCCUGGGUUUCCGCGUAGGAACCGUAGGAGUAUCGAUGGACCCUAGGUUCGCUAACUUCUACCGAGGGUUUAUCCAUCGAUAUUCCGCGGUAGUGGCCCCCAUCACGGAUCUCUUAAUAGGCAUGAAGGCAGGGAAAAAGACUGGAACUCUUAUAUGGACCGAGGAAGCGGACGCUGCGUUCCGCACGCUGAAGGCGCGCUUCUCGGAGGCCCCUAUGCUAGCGCAUUUCGAUCCUGAGCGAAGGAACAGGGUCGAAACGGAUGCCUCAGGCCAGGCGCUUGGGGGAGUGCUGUCCUAA